AUGCAUGCCUAUCGCCAACUUGAUCACUGUUCAAAAACUACAACUGAUAUUGGUGAAGCUUUGGAAAGUCCUGUUAGUAAUUUAUUGUUACAAUUAUCGCCAUACAGUAAGUAAUAACGAAGCAUAAAUCCACAUAGAUUCUAUGACAAAGAAAACAGUGCGGGUGGAUAAGAUAUGCGUCUUUGAAGAAAAAAUAUAUGUGAAAGUGAUGAGUUAUUACACUGUUAAAAAGAAAUCAAAAGGUUUGAUUUGACUUUGACAACAACAAAAACCUUAGAUAGAAAAACGAAACACAAAUGUAAACUGUUACCUUGGAGGGCAGAAAAAACACAUUAAUACUUAUAACUCUUUCACCAGCCAUUCCGAGAGAGACAAACAAAGCAACAAAAGACAAGUGUUUCAGUUCUGAUAGCACUCUCCCUUUUUUCCUCACGUGGAAGCUGAUCCAAAAUCAGUCGGACUGAACGUUCCAUUUAACCACUGCUCGAGCUAAACAAGAAAAACCAAGAUUAAAGAAUCGAGUCCGUCGUUACACGGAGUGUUGAUGAGUUUGGACACGAACUGGCUUGCAGAGCAAAACACUGAAAAGCCCACAAUAGUGCUGUGGUCGGACGGUAUAAUCAGGAUCUGCAAAAUUCUGCUCUUCAUAAAGUCUUCACAUCUACACUACUCUCCGUUCCAAAAAGUAUGCGCAUGAUUACGUUUUGAAUAACUUUUGAGAGGAAUGUGCCAGAGACCUGCUGUUUUCACCAUCAUGUUGUUAAAAUCCUAAGACAUGUUUCUAUAAGCAAAAUUUUCUUCCAAAAUUUUAUGGAAGUUCGAUUUUCUAGAGGAUAUUUGGA